UAAAGGUGGCGCAUUGAUCUCUUCCUUACAGCGCAUGUCAACCGUGCUCAAGAGUGAAGAUUAUUUGCCUGCCCAAACAGUAAAGUCCGAAAGGAACGUGUAAAGGAUAGUUGGGACACCUUUUAAGUUUUUUUUUUUUUCCAUCUGUACAAUCGCACAUUUUCUGUGGAAAUGUUGCAGUUUUUGGUUGGAUUUACUCUGGGUAAUGUCGUAGGGAUGUACCUUGCACAAAACUAUGAGGUUCCAAAUAUUGCCAAGAAGUUAGAAGAUAUCAAAAAAGAUGUCGAAGCCAAGAAGAAACCUCCAAGUUCCUGAUUAAAAAUAUAUUUCUCCAAAGAGGCUUAGUCAGAUAUAUAUGGAAAAUUUAAAAACAGUAUAUAUUUGUAUGCAUAUGUUAUUAGUUUAAAUUAGUGGAAUGGUGCCCUGAGUUGAAUGCAAUGUUUCUUGUAGUGAGAAAAAUAUCAGUAUUGAAAGACUGUGCAUUGUCUGUAUAAAGAAGGUAUGAUUAUUUGAUAAUAACAUAAUUAAAUGCCACAGCAGCCUUUGCCUUUGCUGGCAGUAUUUUUGUGUACCCCAAAUAUCUUGUCUUUACAAGCAAAUCAUGGACAUAUCAUUACUCUGUUUUGCUGGAACAGUACAGUAUGUUGAGGCAUAGGCCUGACAAAGCACAAAUCAAAUGCAUUCCUUGUCAAGGUUAUUUAAAU